CAGUAUCCAGCGCAGGCAGAAAUUUACUGCGGCAAAAUAAAAACUAGUAGCUCCGAUUUUUGAACUAUUGGGAGUAGAAAUAUAAUUUGUAAUUUUCAUGAAGAUCUCAUUGAAAGGAAAAUAAUUAAUUUAUUGUUACUGCUGUGCGCAUACUUUAACAAUGCCGCGUUACACGCCAACGGUGGGUGUCCUGCUGAUAUUAAUAUGUGGAACUGAAUGUUUUUAUGUGCCGGGAGUGGCGCCAGUCGAGUUUGUUAAAGGGCAAAAAAUUGACGUGAAAGCUGUAAAAAUGACUAGCAGCCGUACACAGCUUCCUUAUCAAUAUUAUUCACUUCAGUUUUGUUUGCCUAAAAAUGGAACACUUAUUUACAAGUCAGAGAAUUUAGGCGAAGUACUUCGGGGAGAUCGCAUAGUUAAUACUCCGUAUGAUGUACAGAUGGCUGUAAAUGUCAACUGUAAGUUAUUGUGUAAUAAAAAGAACUAUUCACCUUUGAAUUGGGAACAACCACAGUCCGCAAUGGUGGUCGAGCGAAUAAAACACGAAUACUUCGUCCAUCUUUUGGUCGACAACUUACCGGUAGCCACGCGCAUUGUGAAUCUCAAUAAUCCCAAUGAGGUCAGUUACGAGCACGGCUAUCGAUUAGGUCUGGUGGACGGCGAUAAUGUGUACAUAAAUAAUCAUUUAAAAUUCAUUUUGUCCUAUCAUAUGCAUACGAAAGAUAAAUAUCGGGUUGUGGGCUUUGAGGUAGAAACUGCUUCUGUAAACUAUAAGGACAUUAAAUUUGAAGGAGACAACUGCAAUUUUCCAGAUAAUGCUCGACCUCAAUUGGUAAAUCCCAAUUCGAACACACAGUUAUAUUUCACAUAUUCUGUGGAGUGGAAAGAAUCAAAAGUAAGCUGGGCAUCACGCUGGGAUAUUUAUCUAGGAAUGAAGGAUGUACAAAUUCACUGGUUCAGCAUUAUAAACUCUCUUGUAGUUGUAUUUUUCCUUUCUGGCAUUCUAACAAUGAUAAUGAUACGCACGUUGAGGCGAGAUAUCGCUCGCUAUAAUACAGAUGACAAUAUUGAAGACACACUGGAAGAAACGGGAUGGAAGUUAGUUCAUGGAGAUGUAUUUCGGCCGCCAAAAAAUACCCGUUUAUUCUCUGCUGUUAUUGGAAGUGGCAUUCAAAUUUUUUUUAUGUCGUUAAUAACGAUUUUCUUCGCAAUGCUUGGAAUGCUUUCUCCAUCUUCCCGGGGAGCCCUUAUGACAUCUGGAAUAUUUAUGUACGUGUUCAUGGGUAUAAUAGCCGGGUAUUUUGCUGCUCGGUUGUAUAAAACAAUGAAAGGACGGGAAUGGAAAAAAUCUGCAUUUUUGACCGCUACUUUAUAUCCUAGUGUUGUAUUUGGGACUGGUUUCGUUUUGAAUUUCUUCAUAUGGGACAAAGAAUCGAGUGGUGCUGUACCGUUUAAAACAAUGAUAUCAUUACUAUUACUAUGGUUCGGUAUAUCAGUUCCACUAGUCUAUUUGGGCUAUUACUUUGGUUAUCGCAAGCAACCAUAUCAGCAUCCGGUUCGUACAAACAUGAUUCCGAGACAAGUGCCUACACAACACUGGUAUAUGAACGUUAUACUUAGUACUCUAAUGGCUGGUAUUCUACCUUUCGGCGCCGUGUUUAUUGAACUGUUUUUCGUUUUUACUGCCAUUUGGCAAAACCAAUUUUAUUAUCUUUUCGGAUUCUUAUUUUUGGUAUUUUGUAUAUUGGUUGUAAGCUGCGGUCAAAUAUCUAUAGUAAUGACUUAUUUUCAAUUGUGCGGAGAGGAUUAUCGUUGGUGGUGGCGAAGUUUCAUAGUGUCAGGUGGCUCUGCAUUUUAUGUUCUGUUUUACAGUGUUUUUUACUUCUUUUCCAAAUUGGAAAUCACAGAAUUUAUACCCACCCUAUUGUACUUUGGAUAUACAAGUCUGAUGGUAUUGACUUUUUGGCUUUUAACGGGGACAAUUGGUUUCUUUGCGGCCUAUAGCUUUAUCCGCAAAAUAUACAGUGCUGUCAAAAUUGAUUGAUUUACUUUGAAUUUAUUUAGAAAACCCUCCAACACAACCAAUCGUUCUUGUAAUCGUAAUCUAUUGAACCAAAAAGCUUUCUUAUUCUGUGUUACUCUAAGUUAAUGCAAUAUUUGAGCUACAAUUGUUCGCCGUUUUUUUUUUCAAUUUCGUGUGUUCUUCUACAGAAAUUACAUAUUUGUUUUUUAUUUAUUGAUUUUAUUAGCUUUGGCGUCGUUUGGAAACUAACAGUUUACAUCGUGUAAAGUGUCAUUUUUAUUAAUCUUCAAAAAAUUUUAGUAUAAGUAAGCUCAUGCUAAGAGAAAAAUAUUAUUAAUUUUAGUUUAUGCUAAGAUUUUAAAAUAAGAAAACACGUAACUUUAAUAAUAUGUGUAAAAUAUAGAGACAUAUAUUAAUUUGUAUCAUAAA